GUAUUCAAAAUUUCAGAUAAAAUGUGUCCACUUCUAAUCUUUUUGCUUAUUUGUAGUGGGGUGGAAAGUAUCCGCCCCCGAGGGGUCAGGGUUGAGCUUGCAAGCUUUUACAACCCGGCCGACGAAUUUUCUUGUCUAGACGGCAGCGGAACCAUCCCAUUCAUUCAAGUGAACGACGACUACUGUGAUUGCGAUGAUGGAUCUGAUGAGCCUGGAACAUCAGCAUGUCCUAAUGGAAAGUUUUAUUGUGAUAAUAAAGGUCACAAUCCUUUAUUGAUCCCGUCCUCACGUGUAAACGACGGUAUCUGUGACUGCUGUGACGGAUCUGAUGAAUGGGAAGCUGGUUCUGCUUGUGAGGAUACCUGCCUUGAGCUGGGGCGUGCUGCUCGCGAGGAAGCUGAGGCCCAGGCCAAGAUUGCUCUUCAAGGGUUCAGAAUAAAGCAGGAUAUGAUCAAUGAAGGAAAAGUAUUGCAGGAUGAAAGGGCUGGAAAGGUGGCAGACAAGGAGAUGAUGAAACUUCAACUUGAAUCACAAAAGGAGGCGGUCAGGUUAGAGAAGGAGGCUGCCGAGGCUCCGGAAAAAGAAGCUCUAGACUUUUACAGACAAUUGGAGGAAGAAGAAAACAAAAAGAAGGAAGAAGAAGAUAAAAAAAAGAAGGACGAGGAAGCAGAACAGUACUUCCUUGCUCUGGAUUUAGAUAAGGACGGAUAUAUCUCCAGGGUGGAGCUUCAGACAAGGACAGGGCUGGAUACUAAUAAGGAUGGGGAGGUUAGCGAAGACGAGGUCAAUUUCUUCCUAGCUGGUCACGAACAGUUUGAUCUGGAAAUUUUCAAAACCACAGGCUUUACCCUCCUUAAACCUUAUCUGGACCUGGAGCAGCAAAACUCCGAACCCGAAUCUGCUUCCAACACGGAAAGUUCUGAUGAUACAGAAAGUGUUUCCGUCCCUACCCCUGAAGAUCCCCAGGUCUACGAUCCAUGGAGAGCAAAUCAAGCGAAAGAAGAAGAGGGUAUUGAAGCAGGAGAAGAUGAAUAUGAUGAUGAUGAGGAUGACAAAGAUGACGUAGAUUAUGAUAUAUCAGAUUCUCCCCCUGCUGACUCAUCUACGCACAAACCUCAGGUGGAGGAUAAAUACGAUGAGAAAACACGAGGACUAAUAGCUGCAGCUGAAGAGAUCAGAAAGAAAUACCAAGAUGUUGAGAGACAACUCAACGAUAUUGACAGAGAUAUUAAAAAUAUUAAGGAAGUGAUGGAGAAGGACUUUGGUUAUGAAAACGAGUUUGUAGUUCUCUCUGGUCAAUGUUUUGAAUACACAGAUAACGAAUACGUUUACAAAAUGUGUCCUUUUGACUCCGCCUCUCAGCGGAGCAAAAACGGAGGAGGAGAAACGCGUCUUGGGAGCUGGGGAGAGUGGUUGGGUUCUCAAGAGAAUAGAUACACUCAGAUGAAGUUUACUGGCGGAGCACAGUGUUGGAACGGACCUCAGCGUUCAGCAACUAUUAUUCUUCAUUGUGGGACCGAGAAUCAACUUACUGCGGUCUCAGAACCAAACAGAUGCGAGUAUGAGAUGCACUUUGUAACCCCGGCAGCUUGCCAUAAUCCAUCUUCUACUCAUGACGAACUAUAGAUCCGAAACUACACCACCCUAGCUAAAGAAAAAGUUUUCAUUUCUUACUACUUCUCAGCAAAGCAUGAGCUCUAGAUCUUACUAUUUAUCAGCAAAGCACCAGCUUGAGAUUUUGCUUUUUUUGUAUUAAUUUUUCAUGUCCAGCACGUAACUUUUUUUUAAAUGAAAAUUCACUAGAUAGAUUAGUCUUAAUUGCAUCUCAAGAUUGUGAUAAUUUAUUUUUAAAUUUAUUUAUUGCAAAUGCAAUAUCUUUAAUCCUUAAUAAUAUUUCA